GUUGUAAUGCGCAGGCGCUGAAAUUUGAAAAAGCGCAGGGUAAGAAACGUUACACAGGUAAAUAGAGAGACACACAAGGGGAUAAACAGAAGAAUAAACAGCGGUUUAAUGUGGAAUAACUGAAGAUUUCAGGAAAAGGUAGCGAUGGCUUUACAUCCAUCGAAAGAAACUGCGUUACUGUCAUGGAUAAACAGUCUAGAGCUGCAUGAACAUGUGAAGAGAGUGGCUCACCUACAGGAUGGACAGCUUCUGCUAAAGCUGGUAUAUAAACUGAAGGGGGAGGAGACUAGCCAGGCCCCUGUAGACCUGUCUCAAGCAGAGAGACUGUCCAUCAUCUCAGAGUUCCUCCACAGUAUAUGUCUGAGAGAUCAGGGUCUCCUCUUCACUGAGGACAUUUCCAAUGGGAAUACACUGGAGCUGCAGCUGACUAAGGUGGUGCUGCUGCUGUGCUAUAGUGGUGUCGUUAAUCAUGGACUGGUUCCUAAAGUGGAGCUUGAGACUGAGCUGCAGAUGGCCACCAUGUUUCGGCACAUCCAGCACGAGGCCAACAGGUUCUCUCUGUCUCCAGGUCUAGAUAAAAUUCUUACCAUCAGCUCCCUCAUAAACUACUGCUCUACAAGCAGUGAGUCGUUGUCCAGUGACGACGGGUCUCCAGUGUUUUUUCGAUCUCGUUCUCCACUCGUUCCCUUCCUGCAGCUCAAGACUGUGGCCUCCAGCUCCUUCAGCUCUCCAGUGCAGGAGGUGAUGAACACGCCGAAAGUUCAGCUGAAGAGGCUUAGGGCAGAGCUGGCUCGAGAGGGCGAUGUUAGAGAUGAGCUGGAGCGAGAGCUGGCCGAAAGGAUCACCAUCAUCUCUGAAAAAGAGGGUCAGAUUUCUCAGCUGCAGCACAGACUACAACGUUUGCUGAGGGACCAGGAAGAGCUGGAAAAAGAUCACAAGUCUGCACUGCUGGAGCUCCAGCAGAAGAAUGAAGGUCUUCUCAAUCGAGUUCAUGAAGUCUUGAAACAGUGCCAAGAUCUGAAAACGGACAAUGGUCAAAAAGACAGAAGAAUAGAUGAGCUGAUGGAUGAGAACGGGAUUCUGGCUACACAGGUUCGUACUGCCUUUGCCCAGCUGGCGAGAGCUGAGGAGGAGGUCACUAAACUGAUGCAAACCCAUGAGUCAUCCCAGGCAGAAUGGGGCAGCAGGAGAGAGACUCUGCAGAAAGAGCUGAGCCAAGCCAUUACAGACCGGGAAUGCCUUAGUGAACAGAUUGAGAUCUUACAAGGAAAGAUCUCCGUUUUGGAGGAUGAACUCUCCAAGGUCUCAGUACAACUUCAAGAUAAGGGUGAAGUUUUGGGGCCUGUUAUGGAGAGAGAGAAAUUGAAGCAGGAACUGGCAGAUUUGAUUUUGAGACUUUCUCAACUUGAAAAAACAAUUUCCCACCUUGAGAAGGAAAAGAAAGAUGUUGAGAAGAUGUUGAAGGAAGAAAGAAGUUCCUUUCAACAAGAAACCCUGCGAUUGCAGGGACUGAUUACUGAACUUCAGCAGUCUAUAAACAGCAUCCGGGCCGAGAGGGAGGCUCAGGAACAGCUGUCAAAGGAGAAACAAGAAUUUCUGAAAUGCCAAAUAACAGCAUUAGAAACUGACUUGGCCCAUCUUCAACAGCUGGAAGCCCAGCUAACGGCAGAGAUUGCCAUCUCUGCAGAACUUCGCAAGCAGCGUGGAGAGUUGGAAGCAAAGGUAGCCUCCUUGGAGGACACUGUUAAUGUUCUGCGAACUAAGUGUCAGGGUAUGGAAAAAGAAAGUGAGGCACAACAGGAGGCUCUUGAGGUUCUCAGGACAAACUUACAGAUUGCUCAGGCUUCUCUUGUAGAAUAUGAAGGAAAACUGGCAGACCAUGAAAAAGUGGUAGAAGAUAACACCUCUCUUCGUGCAAGAAUCUCUGCUUUGGAUAACACUGUAGCACUUUUGCAAAGUGAGAUUGAUGCAGAGAGAAAAAGAGGCAAUGAGGUUCUUGCAGCAAAAGAGCAACAAAAAUCCAUGAUGAAUGAAAGGUUCCAGAAACAGGAGGAAAAGGCUCAUGAAAUGUUUGCAGAACUAGAGAAUCUGAGCCAAGAACUUCGCAAGAUGAAGCAACAGAAACUUGAUGCUGAGUCAUGUAUAGAGAAGCUUAAAGAGGAGGGAAGAGCACUUACUGUCAGCCUCACAGAAGAACGAGAUCAGGCCCACUCACAACUGGAGUUAGUGAGGAAAGCUAAAGAAGAAACUGAGCUAGGACUUCAGUGCAUCAUUACUGAGCAUCAGAGCAAGAUAUCUCAGUUACAGUCUGAGAUUGAAGGAGCAGUAGAGUCUCUAAAUAAAAGCAAGUCUGAACUGUUUGUCUUGAAAGAAGAAAUAUCUUCCAAAGAUGAAGAGCUCAGAGUGCAACAGCAGAAACUAGCCUCUCUGGAAAGUGAGGCAGACAUUUUACAGAAGCAUCUUUUGCAGGAACAAGGGAAUUCUCAACAUCUGAGUCAAGACGUAACUUCCAAAGAUAAUGAGUUACAAGAAGUCAAGAGAGUGCUUGAUUUAAAGGAAGGAGAGAUCCAGUCCCUUAAGGUCAGCAUUCAGUCUAUUGAAGCAAAGUCCAAUGAGAUGCGUGAUCAUCUACAGAACGAAAUUGAGGAGAAUAGGGUUACUGUGUCUGACCUUAAGGCAAAACUUGUUGAAGCCGAAAGACUGAUCUCUGAUAAAGACAAGGCUCUAAAGGAUCUUGCCCGGCAAUUAAAGGACUUGAAGGAAGAGCUUUCAUUUGAGAGGGAGAGAGCGUCCACCCUGGAAAAUGAUUUUAAGGCAUCAAAAGAAGACUAUGAGAUAAAGGAGCAAACUUUGAAACUGGAGGUGGCACAAUUGCGGCAAGAGAUUGACGGACACCUGACUAACUUGGAGCAGUUGCUGGCUGAGAUUAAAUCUCUCAAAGAGGAAAUAAGAUACCAACAGGAUGCAUUGCUGCAGAAGGAAAAAGAUGCAUCUGUUUUAGACACUAAACAUAAAGCUCUGGAAGAAAACUUUGCUCAACUUGAGAAUAGACUUGUAGAAGCCACUGCACUUGCAACAGAAAAGCAGUCUGAGCUGCUCUCACUUAAGAAGGAGGCUGAGCAUCAAGAGAAUCUUAGAGCACAAGCUCAGGAAACUGAGGAGACUGAGCGUCAAGAAUUGAAAAAGGAGAUGUCUGAACUUCAAGCUAAAGUUAAUGAGCUUGCAAGGCUUGCAGCUGAAAGAGAAACACUACUUUCUUCUCUUAAUGAAAAGAUGAAGGAGCAAGAAGACCUAAAACAGAAACAUCUUCAAGAAUCCAAAGAAGCUCUUGAGCGAGAACUUCAGAAAGUUUUGGAACUAAAGGGACAACUGGAUUCUGUCACACACCAGGUUCUGGCAAAAACUGAGCUCCUAGAGUCAACUGAAGAGAGACUCAAACAGGUGGAAAUUCUGUGCCAACAGAAGGAGAACAUUAUUAGUGAAGCUUCUCUGGCUAAAGAGAUGUUGGAGAAAACAAUGUCCGAUCUUCGUACCAAACAAAAACAAGAGUUGGACCAUUAUCAGCAAGAGGUUGAGACCUUAAAGAAAGAGAAGGAGCAUCUCUCCUCUGUCAACCAGUCUCUCCAAAGUGAGUGUCAGUCAAUGCAUGUAGAAAUCAAGGGGCAGCAUGAGACCAUAAGUGGCUUAAAAUCUGAUCUUCAGGACACUCAAGAUAGGCAUCAAAAAGAUUUGGAGACAUUAAACAAGGAGAAGGAGCAUCUCUUCUCUGUCAACAAGACCCUCCAAGAUGGAAGCCAGAGCUUGCAGGCUGAGAGCAAAGAUAAAGAGGAUGCUAUAAAUUCUCUAAAGACUGACAUACAGAAUAUUCAAGAUGGGUACAACAAAGAGAAGGAUGCAUGGAGGCAUGAGAAGGAGCAACUGUCUUUAGUCAACCAGUCACUGAAGUCAGAUUAUCAAAGCUAUGAGGCAAAAAUGAAGCAUCAAAUAGAGGAACUGAAUGCACUUCAUUCUGGCCUGCAGAAUGCACAAAAUGGGUACCACCAAGAGAUUGAGACUCUGAAAAAGGAGAAGGAAUGUAUGUCUUCAAUCAACCAGUCUCUCCAGACUGAGUGCAAGAGCUUACAGGUCAAGAACAAGGAGCAACAGGAGGUUCUCGAUGGUCUGAGAACUGAUCUGAAGAGCACCCAAGAUGAGUCCCACAAAGAGAUACAGGCCUUGCAAAAGGAGAAGGAGCAUCUAUCUUCGGUCAACCAGUCUCUCCAGACUGAAUGCAAGAGCUUUGAGGCCAAGAACAAGGAGAAAGAGGAUCUUCUCAAUGCUCUAAGGGCUGACCUACAAAAUACCAAAGAUGGGUUUCAGAAAGAGGUACAGACCUUGCAAAAAGAAAAGGAACAACUUACUUUGGUCAACCAGUCUCUCCAGAUUGAUUGCCAGAGCUUACAGGCCAAGAACAAGGAGCAUCAGGAGGUUCUUGAUGGUUUAAGAACUGAUUUGAAGAACACCCAAGAUAAUUCCCACAAAGAGAUACAGGCCUUGCAAAAGGAGAAGGAGCAUCUGUCUUUGGUCAACCAGUCUCUCCAGACUGAGUGCAAGAGCUUACAGGAAGAGAUGCAGGGACUGCAAAACACCCAGGAUGAGCAUCAACAAAAAAUAGACAACUUGACUAAGGAGAAAGACAAUCUCUUCUCUUUAAAUCAGUCCCUUAACAUUCAAUGCCAGAGCUUGCAGGCUGAGAACAAGGAGAAAGUGGAGGCUCUGAAUACUCUAACAAAUGUUCUGAAGAAUGCUCAAGAUGAUGCACAGAAAAAGACUGAGGAGAAGGAACAGCUCUCUCUGGUCAACCACUCUCUCCAGACUGAAUGCAAGAGCUUGCAGACGAAGAACGAAGAGCAACAGACUCUUCUCAAUACUCUAAGGGCUGACCUCCAAAAUACCAAAGAUGGGUUCCAGGACGAGGUACAGACCUUGCAAAAAGAAAUGGAACAUCUCUCUUCUGUCAACCAGUCUCUCCAGACUGAGUGCCAGAGCUUACAGGCAAAGAACAAGGAGCAUCAGGAGGUUCUUGAUGGUUUAAGAACUGAUUUGAAGAACACCCAAGAUAAUUCCCACAAAGAGAUACAGGCCGAGCAAAAGGAGAAGGAGCAUCUGUCUUUGGUCAACCAGUCUCUCCAGACUGAGUGCAAGAGCUUACAGGAAGAGAUGAAGGGACUGCAAAACACUCAGGAUGAGCAUCAACAAAAAUUGGAGAACUUGACCAAGGAGAAAGAUGAUCUCUUCUCUAUAAACCAGUCCCUUAACAAACAGUGCCAGAGCUUGCAGACUGAGAUCAAGGAGAAAGUGGAGGCUCUAAAUACUCUAACAAAUGUUUUGAAGAAUGCUCAAGAUGAUGCCCAGAAAAACACUGACAAAUUGAUGGAGGAGAAGGAAAAUCUCUCCCUGGUCAACCAGUCUCUCCAGACUGAUUGCAAGAGCUUGCAGGCCAAGAACGAAGAGCAACAGGAGCUUCUCAAUGCUCUAAGGGCUGACCUCAAAAAUACUAAAGAUGGGUUCCAUAAAGAGGUACAGACCUUGCAAAAAGAAAAGGAACAACUCUCUUCGGUCAACCAGUCUCUCCAGAUUAAGUACCAGAGUUUACAGGAAGAACGGUCGACUCUGAAUACCCUGAAGGCUGACUUGCAGAACUCUCUAAAUCAGUACCAAAAAAAGCAAGAGGACUUGCAAAGAGAGAAUGAACAUCUCUUUUCUUUGAACCAGUCUCUUCGGAGGGAAAGUGAUGCUUCCCAAAAACUUGAAUCUGAGUUAGAGUUGAAACUACGAGAGCGCAGUGAAUCAGUUUGUGCCCUGAAAGACACUGUUCAACAAAGAGAGCAGCAGAACAAAGAGCUACAGGAGGAACUGAAGCUGAAGACUGAAGCAGUGGAACACUACAAAAUACAGUUGGAGAAGGCAAAGACACACUACAACAGCAAGAAGCAACUGCUGGUGGAGGAGCAGGAGGCACGGCACGCUCUGCAGGUCUCUCUGGAGACCAGCGAGAGUGAGCUGAAGGCCCUGAAGGCUGAACUAAAACUUGCUUCUAUGGAGCUGGAGAAGGCCAAAAUAUCAGAAAAGAACUUGCAGGUCAAGGUCCAGAACCUAGAAACCCAGCUGGAUUAUGCAGAUUGGCAUUUAAGAGAGCAGAACAAACAAGCAGGUCAGAGUGUCCAGGUGAAACACAGAGAGAGUGUUUACCUGAAAGUCCCAAAUAAAUUGGAAAAUACCAGCAGCGACAGCCUGGAACUUGAUCUGGAUGACUCCCUAAAUACUGCUGGUAAGCCGUCAGUGCCUGGAGAGUCUAGCACCCCGCUGGUCCGCAGUUCGGAGAGAUUGGCAGCGAAGCGUCACAUCAGGGAUGGAGGAUCUCUGGAGACCCUCUACUUCACUCCUUUAAACCCACGGUGCAAGAAGAGCAGUGGUGCCACCCAUCAAAGCAGACUGGAAAGCAGCAUUACAUCGCUGGGUGAUCUCACGCUCGACUCCACCAAGAAGCCGGUGUCUUCCGCCCGAAGACAUCGCACCACCCAGGUCAUAAACAUCACCAUGACUAAGAAAACCCCUGGUGGUGGUGGAGAGGCAGACGAUUCUUUUUACAGUCUGCAGGCCUCUCAGUCCCAGCCCAAUCUGGCAUCCCUAAAAUCUCGUCCUAUUUCCAUGGAAAUCUUUGAGGAACCUGGUGAAGUGAACUCCAGCGACAAACUCCUCAGUCUUCCGGGAUACCGCCGCAGCAACGUUAAUGGAAAUGCACCACCACGGGCUACAAGUACGUUCUGCGUGGGUGCGGAGUACGAGCCUGAACAUGUUGCAGAUGACUGGAUGCGUAUUGCAGAGUUGCAGUCGCGCAACAAAGCCUGCUUACCUCAUUUGAAGAGCAGCUACCCUCUCGAGUCCAGGCCAAGCCUGGGCUUUUCUAGCCGUCUGCUCACUGAUGAGGAGGUUCGGUUUGGAGAUCCAGAGGAGACUAUCCGGCGUGCCUCCCUGAUGCCGGGUCAGCUGACUGAUUCUCUCCACUCCCACCGGCUGUCCCUGGCUCCGCCCCCAGUGGUCAGAGACCAUGCACCUUCCCAGCAGCAACGAUUCACCAUGCUGCCGGGUCAGAUCAGCGCAGGCAUUGCAGCUCAUCGCUCAUCCCAGCAGCUCUCCAGAGCAGCUGCCACUAAAACGCAAGGGGUCCGAUCCACCCGCAGCCCUCUGGCUCCGAAACGCCAAGCUGGUCAGCUCCCAGACCAGGACACUCCUGAGGCUAAGAGGCUAGCGAGCUGUUUCCCCCGUCCAGCAACACCUAAAGGCAGGAGCCUUCGUUCCACAACCAGCAAUUCGCAGAACCGCCCCCCGUCUCCUGCUGAUCGCAGGCAGUCCAUGGCAUUUAUUAUUGAUAACACCCCUAAGAAAAGUGGCCGUGUGGACAGCAGGCUGCAGCGCGGCAUCAAUAAGCUUCGUAACAGUGCCCGCAAAUCCCCCGCUGCUGCUGCCCGCUUGGCCCAGUCUAGUGCCACCAACACCCGUUCUCCACUGGUGGAUCGAAGGCACAGGAAGUCCCCCCGCACUGCCAGUGCAAAGUCACCAAAGAUCCCCACCAGCGCUAAAAAGCUGAUGAGGUUCAGGAUGAAGACGUGAUGUGCCCUCCGCCUGAUUUUUUUUAUUUUUUUUUUUAUUGUGCAAUAUUGGUGAUGAUUUUUGUCAAAUUAUAAAAAAGUAAUUAUAUAUUUGUGCAUAAUCUUUUUAGCAUCAUUCUCUAUUUGACUCUUUCUUUUUGUCUUCCUAUUCGGUUUUGUUAUAUAUUUGUAUUUCAUUAUUUUUUUCCUAUUUCCAUUCCUUUUUCUGUUUACUUUUUUUCCAAUUAAAAUUUUGUACUGUAAAUAAAAAUAAAUGUACUUUUAAUCUGGUGUUUCUAAAUCAUUAAAUUCUCUUUGGGAUUAA